GGUAUGAUCCAAUCAACCACCUGGCACCUGACACCUUCAGAGUCAGAUCAAACUGCUACUGCAAGGUUUGUUGAUAUUCCAAACAAAACGUUUAUGUAGCAUAUGCUACCUAAACCUGCAGUGGCAGUUAUUUUAUCAGUUCACUGCAAGCAGCACAAUGAGAAGGAGGUUUAGUGCAGCAGAAACCCUGGAUAUUCUCCUGGAACCCAGUGGGGAGGAAGGAGACCAGACAAACUGUGGUUUGGAGUCAGCAGAGGAUCAAGGAUCUGAAACGGACAGUCAGACUGAGUUUGACCCAGAUUAUGUCGACACAGAUGAAGACUCCGAGGUAGAGGAUCCUGCUGUAGCAACGUAUGCAUCCAAAAAUGGGGAAAUUGUCUGGACUGCUACUGCACCUGACCAGACAUCAGGGAGAGCAGCAGCAGAGAACAUCAUGAAGAUGACUCCUGGGCCAACGAGAUAUGCCUGUUCACAUGUUGAGGACGUAAGGUCAGCUUUUGAGCUUUUUUUUCCUGAGCAAAUUCAAAAGACACUGAUAGACAUGACAAAUUUAGAGGGAAAAAGAGUCUUUGGAGAGUCAUGGAAUGAGGUGGAUUGGGUGGACUUACAGGCUUAUAUUGGCCUUCUAUUGCUGGCCGGUGUCUACCGUUCCCAAAAUGAGGCCACAAUGAGCCUGUGGAACGCAGAAACAGGGAGAGACAUGUUUUGUGCUACAAUGUCUCUGCGAGCCUUUGAAAUGAUAACAAGAGUCAUUAGAUUCGACGACCGAGAAACAAGACCUUACCGAUGGAGAGAUGAUAAACUGGCAGCGAUUCGAGAAAUAUGGGACAAAUGGGUUGAAAUUCUACCGAAAAUGUACAACCCUGGCCAAGCAGUUACAGUCGACGAAUGUCUGGUACCGUUUAGAGGACACUGUAACUUUAAGCAAUAGAUGCCAAGCAAGCCAGCCAGGUAUGGCAUCAAAAUCUGGGCAGCUUGUGACGCUAAGACCAGUUAUGCAUAUAAUAUGCAAAUAUAUACUGGGAAGCCAGGUGAUGGGCAGCGAGAGAAGAACCUGGCAAUGCGCGUUGUCCUCGACAUGUCCGUGGGUCUCCAAGGGCACACCAUCACCUGUGAUAAUUAUUUCACGUCGUAUGCCCUUGGCCAGGAGCUCCUGAAGAGAAAACUGGGCAUGCUGGGAACUGUGAGAAAAAACCAACCUGAGCUCCCAUCUGCGCUGGUAAAGACAAGGGGCAGAGAGAAAUUCUCUUCAGUGUUUGCCUUCACCAAUACACACACACUUCGCCAUUACUGUCCCAAAAACCCCAGAAAUGUGCUCUUGAUGAGCACAGUUCACAAGGGAGCCACGGUCAGCACAGGUGACGAGAGGAAGCCGGAUGUAAUCCUGGAUUACAACAAGACCAAGGGUGGAGUGGACAGCCUU